AUGUCGGCCGCCAUGAACCGAGCAGCGGGGAUUCGUCGUCGGCACCAACUGUAUCUCGCAUUGUCCCUGUCACGACAGAGAGUGUACCGGGAUCGAGAGAACCCGCUGGAGUACUUGGACGACGGUGAACUGCAAAGACGGUUUCGAUUUACGCGAGAAGAGAUAUUCUUAAUCACCUCUCUCGUCGCUCACGACAUCGAGCCCUCGACCCGUCGAAGUCAGUCGCUUCCGUCGUCGCUACAGGUGCUCCUCACGCUGCAGUAUCUCGCAACCGGGAACUUUCUAAUCACGGCAGGUGACGUAGUGAGUGUGCAUGAGUCGACGGCGUGCCGCGUUCUGCACAGGGUCGUCGCUGCACUUUGCAGGCGCGUGAACAGCUUCAUCCGAUGGCCAACGGCUGAGGAAGUAACAGCAGCGCAGCAGGACUUUUACGAGUUGGCUGGAUUUCCUGGGGUCGUGGGAGCUGUAGACGGCACGCACGUCCGCAUCCAGGCACCGUCGGAACACGAGGGAUCCUACGUCAAGCGCAAGAACUACCAUUCCAUCAAUGUUCAACUGAUCGUAGCGGCUGACUGUAGGAUCUUGGAUGCGGUAGUCAACUGGCCAGGAAGCACCCAUGACUCCCGGGUUCUGCGUGAAAGCACCAUAGGCAGGGAGUUUGAACGUGGGGUCCACACUGGACUUCUCCUGGGGGACAGUGGUUACCCAUGCAAACGCUGGCUCAUGACUCCGUUCCUCCAGCCACGAGACAGGCCGCAAGCGAACUACAACACUUCGUAUUCGACAACGGGUGCUGUCGUUGAACGGUAA